GCCGGCAUCGCUCGCAGCGGGCUGGCGUGCCGGGGGUUUGGGGUGCUGCUUUGUGCGCCUGGUGGGUUGGGGGUGUGUUAAUUUCGACAGAAGCUCUGGUCGUCGUUCGUACUUCCCAGAACGCCAGUAGCUAACCGAGUCAUAGCGACCAACACGUAUUUUUAUUUUUUUAAUUUAAUUUUUUUUUUUUUCCAGAAGGUAUUUCGGGUCCCCGAGGGCUGGGAAAAGGUCUGGUUUCUGAUAUUUUGCAUUUCUUUGCGUGUGUGCCUGUGUGUGCCAGCAGAAAAAUCCCUCUAUCCUGGAAGAAUGGUGAAACUGGGGAAUAAUUUCAGCGAGAAGAGCACAAAGCAGCCCCUUUUGGAGGAUGGAUUUGACACCAUCCCCCUGAUCACACCCCUGGAUGUCAAUCAGCUCCAGUUCCCACCUCCUGAUAAGGUUGUGGUCAAAACAAAAACAGAAUAUGAACCUGAUCGCAAGAAGGGAAAGUUUCGUACUCCUAAAAUAGCUGAAUUCACAAUCAGCAUCACUGAAGGGGUUUCAGAAAGAUUUAAGGUAACUGUGCUGGUCCUUUUUGCCCUUGCAUUCUUAACAUGUGUUGUAUUUCUGGUAGUCUACAAGGUUUACAAGUAUGAUCAUACCUGUCCAGAAGGAUUUGUUUUCAAGAAUAAUCAGUGCAUUCCAGCUGGGUUGGAAAACUACUACUCUGAACAAGACUCCAGCGCUCGAGGGAAAUUUUACACAGUCAUAAACCACUACAACCUGGCCAAACAAACCAUCACGCGCUCCGUGUCCCCGUGGAUGACAGUACUGUCAGAAGAGAAACUGUCUGAACAGGAGACUGAAGCUGCUGAGAAAUCAGCUUAGUAUGAUAAGCUAAUUAUUAAAACUAUGUCAUUUGAAGGUAACUAAGGGACUUCAAGGAACUUUCAAUUAAAUAUAAUUAUGGAUAAUUUAGAGGUUACUCAUGUUUAUGGUGUAACUGCUUCUGUUUGCUGAUACUGCUUUGCAAAAAAAAAAGAAAAAAACUGAAAACAAAAACUUGCUGCAGAACAUUCAUGGGCAUAAUGCCAGGUGCAUAUCAGCAUUGCUGUAGAGCUUUGACACCAUUUUCAAUGUUAAAAAAAUCCAAUAUUAGAUAUGUUCUUGCAGUUUAUUGGAUACUGAUAGAUUUUGUCACUGGAUUUUCAGGGCUUGGACCUUAGAUAAAUCAUGUGUUCUGUUGUCUGAACAGAUACUUAAUUUAUUAAGUUUUUGAAUUCUUUGUCAUUUUGCAAACUGAAACACCCCAGCCAUAACUAGAGUGAUCUCUUGUUUAGCUGAAAGCUGUAAGUAAUGUUUAGUUUGGGCUCAAGCAAGAAUGAUAGUCAGCGCUGACAUCGGGGCAUAAUGUAAUGACUUGUAUGGAGAAAGAAACUGUCAGGUCGCAUUUUUCCUUACAUUUCCUUUACUGUUUUUGUAAGUGAUAAUGAAGUUCUCUGCAACAAGGCAUGCUCAAUGUUUUCUUAUUGCUGUCAGCAGGAUUUAACUGCAUUUCCACUGUGGCUUUAGCAUCUUGGUAAGGAUGUGCACUGAAACACAAACUAGAUAGACUUAUGGAAAAACACAGGCAGUUUUAGUGGUGGAUGUUGAGGAUAGUGUAAAAAAUAUACAGUUCAGGAUGUUCUAAUGAGAAAUGACAUCUUUUGAUCAUACUAAAGAGGCAGAAAACCUGUUCACAGUACAUGUAGUCCACUAUGUCAUUUGUUGGAUACAGCUGAAGGAGUAAUAUGUCUAAAUUUUCUCCUGUAUUACAUUCACAUUCUCCCUUUUUAGUAGUUAGAAAGAACUUUCUGUUUAUGUAUGGUUUGCAGUUUGAUACUUUUUAAAACAUGGAGGGAGCAUCACAAGUGAAACAGUAGUGUGUUAGAUACCACAACUGGCUGUUAAAGCUCCAUGUGAAACAGAGUGAAGAGUAGAACUGUUUGUGUAUGGCUUGGGAGGGGAAAAGAUGUAGAAGAACAUAGUAUUGUGGAUGCACGUUAAAGUUCCAUUGUAAUUACAAACUUUCCUAUUCUUUGUGUGAAAUCAUGUUUUCAUUUUUAUUAUAAAUCUUAAAUAUACAUUAUAAAAAGACAUCUUAAUUUAACAUACAAAAGCGUGUGAAGCAUCUGGGCAAGCAAGUUGCCUUUUUAUUCAUGUAACUUGAAUGGGACAAGGUAGAGUGAACAUGUCAAAAGUUCCUUUUUUUUUUUGCUAGAGUGUACAAAAAUAAAGUGAAAACAUCAGGCUGUUUCUCAAGAUAUGUAGUAGAAAAAAUGUGGUCAGCUCUAAUUCUGUUUUUCCCCAGCAGAAGCCUGUCAUCCCAAUAUAGUAAAAAUAACCAUUAUGACUCAGUGCUCUGAAUUUAAUAGGAAAUGUGCAUUACACAGUGCAGCUGUUAAAGGCUUCUUAUUAAGUCAUCAUGGUAUGUGGAAUGCCUAAGAAGCAAUAAACUAUGUGCCAAAUUUUCUUUGCAAUUAAAAAUAUCAGGCUUAUAUUAAGAUCUUUAAAAUAUAUCACAUUUGCAUUUUCUAACAGGCAUCUGCUUUACUGAAUAUAAUUGAUUCACAUGUAACUUUUGACAUUUUCACUCUGUGCAUAGUAAACACUAAGAAUGAUGCUACCUGUUGCAUAAAAUGUAUAGAAAUAUACAUUGCAGAAGAGAGACAGGAAAACACACACAUUUAAUAUCAACAUACUUACAGAGGACAUUCAGAUUUUACAGGAUGGAAAGGUCUGUUUCCCAAGACUGUUCUAAAUAGAAAUGAUUCACGAUACGUCUCCUCCCCUUAAAUUUAGGACAAUAACAACUUUAAUGCAAAAGUAAA